GGCAACCAAAAUUAUCAACUCUCUCCGUACUGGGCACAUGAAAAAUGCACAAAAAUUUGCCUACUUCAUGGUUUUGGAUUUUGAAGCAACUUGUGAACGGGAUAGAAAGCUUCCAGUUCCUGAAAUUAUCGAAUUCCCAGUUCUCAUGGUAAACGCUUCUACACUUCAAACUGAAGCUAUUUUCCAUCACUAUGUUCGUCCCACUAUUAAUCCAGUAUUAAGUGAUUUUUGUACAGAGCUGACUGGUAUCAUACAAUCCAUGAUAGAAGACCAACCGGAUUUAUCGACUGUACUUAAAAUGUUUGAUUCCUUUUUAGAUGUGAAUCAUUUAAAGAUCAAUCCGUAUCAAUUUGCUUUUGUUACAUGUGGUGACUGGGAUUUAAAAACAAUGUUACCAGGGCAAUGUAAAUCAUUGUGUAUAGAUGUUCCUGACUACUUGAAGCGAUGGAUUAAUUUGAAACAGGUUUAUUGCGAUGUGAUGGGUCAAUUCCCGUUCGGUAUGAUGUCCAUGCUGUCAGGAUUAAAUAUAAAACACACCGGUCGUCAUCACAGUGGUAUUGAUGAUUGUCACAAUAUUGCAAAGAUUUUAUGCGAAUUAAUUCGACGUGGUGCUACUCCAGAUAUCACUGGAAAUAUCAAAUAAUAUAUUGUUUAAACAUUUUUUGACCGGUAAUCUGUACAUUUUUUUUUCUAUUAGAAAAUGAAUUUAUUCCAUCUUGCA